AUACUUAAAUUAAUUUCCUGUCCCGUAUUAGUUUUGAGCUCUAGGUUUUCAUCAAGGGGAACUACUCAUGUUAAACUAUUUUUAGACACCAAACGAAAAUGUAAACACGAAAGACAAAAUAUAUUUUGUACAUACUUUAUAGAUGAAGAGGUAUUUACAAGUAAGGCAAAUUAAUGGAGGGUAAAACGAUAUAAUAAUAUGGCAAGUCAAAGUAGUGUUUUCUCUAACGCAAGUACUGUACCGCUGGAUUUGAUUGAUGAACAAGAUGACGAUUUCGUCAACGAAAUUGAAGAAGUCGAUAGAAUAUUUUUUGGGAAUGUAGAAAUCAAUGAAAUUAAUGAACAUGACUUUAACACAAACGAUGAUGAUGACACAGAUAAUGACGAGUCUGAUAAAGAAAAUACUGAGCCAUGUCCGAUAGCUUUCAGUGAUUUAGACAUAAAUGAAUCUGUCAAAGAAAAACAAUUUCUUGAAAACACUUGCAAAUGUGAAAAACUAUACAAUAAAGUACCAUGCAGCACUAUUGUUAACCACGAAGUAUUGUCUGAAUUUAGAUAUAGUUGUUUAGAAAUGGACAAAAAUGAGCUUGACAUGGUAAUAAAAGUUCAACUGUUUGCACACAGAAACAAUGACACAAAUGUUGAUGCCAAAAAACAUAAAAGCAAAGAAAGAGAAAGAAUAAAUCAGCAGUAUUAUUUUAAUGGCCACCAGAUAUGCAGGAAGACUUUUUUAUUUGCACAUGCAAUUGGAAAAUCUCAGCUAGAUUCUAUAUCCAAAUCAUUGGAAAAAGAAGGUUUAAAACCCAGGACUCAUGGAAACACUGGUAAAACCCCUAAGCAUGCUUUGUCCAUAACUGAUAUUCAGAGAGUGAAGCAUUUUCUUCAGGAAUAUGCUGUAAAAUUUGGAGUCCCCUUGCCUGGUCGUUUGCCAAAUCACAAAGACUUAAAGGUGACUUUACUGCCUUCAGAUAAAACUAAAGCUGACAUACAUCAAAUAUAUCAAGAAGCUGCAUCUUCACUUAACUACAGGGCAAUAAGUUUAUCUGAGUUUAAGAAGUUGUGGUUAGAGCAGUGUCCACAAAUAGUCCUCAUGAAACCAGCAACAGAUUUAUGUUCAGCUUGUCAAAGCUUUACUGUCAGUUUAAGUAACACAGGAAAUAUGACAGAAGAAGAAAAGACCAUUUUGUUACAAAACUAUGGUGGUCAUGUUGAAAAGGCUAAGAAACAGAGAGACUAUUACAGAGAUCAAUGCCAAGAAAGCAAGGAGAAUUAUACUCAUUUACCAGACAAUCAAAGAAACAGAGGUCAACCGCCACUAUCAUUUGAAGGAAGCAUGCAUUACAGCUUUGACUAUGCACAACAAAUACACUAUCCACACUAUGCACAACAAGUGGGGCCAUUGUUUUUCAAAACUCCAAGGAAAUGUCAGUGUUUUGGUGUCUGUGCUGAAGGUCCAGGAUCACAGAUAUUUUACCUUGUUGAUGAAAGUGAAGAGACUGGAAAGGGUGCCAAUAGUGUAAUUAGCAUGCUACAUCACCAUUUUGAAUAUAAGUCAUAUGGGGAAACAACAGUCAAACUUCACAUGAACAACUGUACAGGGCAGAACAAGAAUAACUUUGUAAUUUGGUAUGGUAUGUGGAGAGUAUUGACAGGUAGACACAACAGUGUGGAAUUUAUUUGCAUGGAAGCUGGGCAUACCAAAUUUCAUCCAGACUGGCAUUUUGGAUUAUGGAAGGUGAAAUGGAGACAUUAUUCAGCAGAAACCUUACAGGAAAUAGCCAAAUCUGUUACAGAUUCCUCAAGGAAUAAUCAUAAUAUAGCACAACUUGUUGAUGAUGAAGAUUGCCCUGUUAAAUUUUUCGACUGGAAGUUAUAUUUAAAGCAAUUUUUUAAACAGUUGCCAGCACUAACAACAUAUCAUCAUUUUCGGAUGAUAAAGGAAUCACCAGGAGUAGUUUUUGUUAGGGAGUAUUGUGACAAUGCUGAAAAACAGUUUCGGUUGUUAAAAAAUAGAGUUGUGAUUAACCCAUUAUCUGAACCAACGGAAUUGCCAAAAAAGGGGUUAGAUGCAAUGCGUCAGUGGUACUUGUAUCAAGAGAUAAGCCCACUCUGUUAUGGUAGCAAAGACAUUACCUGCCCCAAACCCACUAUACCAAAGCCGGAAAUUACAGUAAUUCAGGACAGGAAUAGUACAAGGAAAUGUAGCUACUGUAAAAAAACUGGACACGAGACAAGUAGAAAUGGAAAAUUGUUGUGUCCAUUGAAACCUAAAUAA